CUGACAUACCUCUCUCUCUCUGCGGUCAGAUUCGUGUCCAGGGUUUUUGAGGCGAUCUGAGUUUAGAUUGGAAGGCGAUGGCAGCUGAGACGGCAGCGGAGGCGGUGCCGAUGGAGCAACCACAUGUUUCUCCUCAAGUUGUGGGCAAUGCAUUUGUGCAGCAGUAUUAUCAUAUACUUCACCACUCUCCUGAGCUUGUAUACAGGUUUUACCAGGAUGGGAGCAAGCUCGGUCGACCAGAGGAAGAUGGGUCCAUGAGCAUUACUACCACAAUGCUAGCAAUCAAUGAAAAGAUACUCUCUCUCAACUAUGCAGACAUUACUGUAGAAAUAAAGACAGUUGAUGCCCAGGAGUCUUUUAAAGGAGGUGUAACUGUCCUGGUCACCGGAUGUUUGACGGGGCAAGAUACCCCUGUCAGGAAUUUCACUCAGUCGUUCUUUUUAGCACCACAGGACAAAGGGUUCUUUGUUUUGAAUGACAUGUUUCGCUAUGUCAAAGUUUCCAAUCAGGAUGACAGAAGCCAUAUCCCAAUGGCUGAUACCAUGGACACUGUUCCUAUAGAGCAAAAUCAAUUUCCAGCUCAAGAGAAUCUCAUUUCAGAUGAAAGCACUCCAUCAGCUGAAGGAGAUGAAGUGAAUGGGGGAGAAGUGUUUAAUCCGCACGAGGAUCAGAAUGUCCUGAUUGUUGAAGAGGAAGAACCUGUGGCUGAGGUUGUUAAUGAACCACAAGAUGUUUCUGCACCGGUGGUGGUCGAGCCUAUGCCCGUCCCAAUAAACGAAGCAGUUCCUAAGAAAUCUUAUGCUAAGAUUGUCAUUGAGCUCAAGGAAAGUGCUGCUACUUUCUCUCCACCCCCUGCGCCUGUCAAUCGUAACUCUGCAGUGAAGCAUACAGAGAGAAUCCAUCCGCAGCCAGCACCCGCAGUUGUUCUCGACAGUUCAGCAUCUGUUGAUAGCCUCAAUAACCAAGAGGGAGAAGCGGAAGGCUAUUCCAUCUACAUAAGAGGCCUGCCCAUGCAUGCAAAUAAGGCAAUGGUAGAAGAAGUAUUUAAAAACUUUGGACCUAUCAAAGAUGAAGGCAUUCAAGUCAGAAGUCACAGAGGAUUUUGUUUUGGGUUUGUGGAAUUCGAAGAGGCAAAUGCUGUGCAAAAAGCAAUUGAGGCAUCGCCUGUAGCGAUUGGUGGACGCCAAGCAGUUGUUGAGGAGAAGAGGUCUACUAGUUCACGAGGUAACAACCGAAGAUUCUUGCCGGGAAGGGGGUCAAUGUACCGAAGUGAAGGAGUAAGAGGGCGAGGCUAUGGAGGUGGUGGUGGGGGAAGGGGAGGACACAACAGGGGAGAGUUCAACAGUGGGAGGAAUGAAUUCAACAACAACCGGAGUGGCGGGGGCGGUAAUCGUGGAGGAUCGUCAAACCGUGGAAACGAUGGAUACUAUUGGUCAGAUCAUGGUGGGAACAACUACGGCGGGGGGCGUGUGAAUCGUGAUGGCGGGGAAGGAAUGCCUUACGGAAAUGCAAAGAACAUGGCCCCACGAGUGCCUGCUACUGCUUGAAGACAAUAACUUGGGUGCCUGAGU